AUGAAAAAGCCAUCUGCUAAAAAAUUUGCUAGAUUAUGGGACAACCUCAUUUCAUACACCGAAGGCGAUUGUUUGAUUGACUUUUACCUAGUAGCCAGGCGACCAGGCCCUAAAGUAAUAUUCUUAGCAGGCCUCACUGACCCCAUGACCUUAUGGGACUAUUUCAACAAUGGAUUCAUAGACACUAUCUAUCUUGAUGGAACAAAUUUACAUUUCAUUAGCAAAUUCCCAUCAGCUGUUCAAACAAUAAUCAGAAGCUACAAAACACGAUUUGAAAAACAAGAAAGAGGAUUAUUUAUCAAGAUGCAUUCAAGUUACCCAAUUUUUGAUGAAGAUUCUCAAUUACUAGUUCCAAGCACCACUUUUGCAAAUAUGGGAAUAAGCAACGACUCAAAACCAACAAGAGAUGACCCACCUCAUGAAGUACCUACACAAGACCAUCUAAUUUUUGCAUUAGCCGGGGUUUACCUCGCAUAA